AUGCCUUUAUCCCUCAAUCCAAUUCCUUUUCUCAAUGUAUUCACAAGAAAACUAGCAAUGGUGAAACAUAACAAAGGAAUGAAGUAUAAAGGCUACCUGCUAUCUGCAGAUGGUUACAUGAAUACAAAGAUUGUAAAUACAGAAAAAUCUACAAAUGGGGCAUUAUCUUAACAUCUGGUAAAAGUUAAUAUGGAUUUAAUAGGUUGUAAUAAUAUCAUUUAUAUUACAGGCAUUGACAAAGAAGAGGAAGAAGGGGGAAAUUAG